AUGGAUAAUCAUGAAGACAACUUGAGGUCAUUAAUUGAAGAGGCGAGUCUUACCAGGAACAGCUCUUGUCUUCAUCAAGGCAAAGCAGAUACUUUAGUAGAUCUUCCAACUUGUCUUUCUAAACGAAGUGAUUUACCACCUAUACAAAAACAUGAAAGGCGAUUUUCAAGCCAUUCAGAAAAAAAAUCAGUUACAUUCUCGUUUUCUGGCAGUGAGCGAAGCAAUCAUAUACUAAAUGCAUCCGAUUGUUUUGCUUAUAUGCGUAAAGGUAGUGAAAUGAUUAAACUUCAUACUAGUGGACGUCAGUAUAAACGUAUGUUUUAUUUAAAUGAACAAAUGAAUUGCAUUAAAUGGUCUUCAACAAAUAAACGUCAAUCAAAUUCACAAAUUGAUAUUGAAGAAAUUCAUGAAGUACAACUAGGCUGUUCCUCAAGAACUACACAUUCCCUCGGUCGACGACGUCCACUUAGUAUGACUCCAACAUUAUCACAUGGGUUCUUAUCUUCAAGUGGAUCAGGUAGCCUUAUUCAAUCAGCAUCAAAAAUGUAUUCAUCAAACAAUUCAAAUUCUCUAACUAUUGGUUCAAUGUCACCACAAAUUCAAAGUUCAACAUCGUUAAAUUCAACAAUACUUAAUCUUAGUUCUAGUGCAUUUACAAUAUGCUAUGGACCGGAUUUUACUGUAUUAGAAAUUUUAGCUUCUGGUCCAGAAGAAGCAAAUAUUUGGGUGACUGGAUUAAAGUGUCUAAUGGCUGGUGCUCAAGAUCCACAAGUGUUGGAAGAUAGACAGAAACCACGUGACAGAUGGUUACAAAUUUUGUUUCAUGAAGCUGAUUCAACUAAUCAAGGAUACUUAAGUGAAUUUGAAGUGAUUCGUUUAAUUCGAUCAAUUAAUCCAAGUUUAUCAUCGAUACAUUUAAGGCAUAAAUUAAAAGAGAUGGAGAGUAAAGUUCGAUGUCAUAAAACUGGAAUAACUAAAGAUGAUUUUGUAAAUUUUUUUAAGAAAGUUGCUACCAGACAAGAGAUUUAUUACAUUCUUGUAAGGUAUUCCAGUGGAUCAGAACAUUUGAGUGCAGAAGAUUUAAAGAAUUUUUUUGAAAGCGAACAAGGUAGGACUGGAUUAACGCGUGAUCAAUGUGAAGCUUUAAUUAAUCGUUUUGAACCAUCCCAUGAAAAUCGACAAUACAAUUUAAUGGGAAUCGAUGGAUUUACAUUAUUGUUAUUAUCUGAAGAAUGUGAUAUAUUCAAUCCAGUACAUCUACAAGUUUGUCAAGAUAUGUCUCAACCAAUAACUCAUUAUUACAUUGCAUCAUCACAUAAAACAUUUUUACUUGAAGAUCAACUCACAGGUCCUUGUAGUAUUGAAGGUUAUCAAAGAGCACUUCUUUCAGGAUGUCGAUAUAUUGAACUUGAAGUCUAUGAUGGUCAUGAUGGUCAUCCAGUUGUUAGACGUGCCAACUCUCGACCACCUGGUAUACCAAUACAAGCUGUAUUAAAUACAAUACAUGAUUUUGCAUUCAUACGUUCUGAAUAUCCAGUUAUUGUAUCAAUUGAAUGCUAUGCAACUCAAGCACAACAACGUGUACUGGUCACAUUCUUACGUUGUUGUCUUGGUAAUCGUUUAUUAUUACCAAAUUCAGAAUUCACUUUUAAUUUAAGUGAAUCACAAUUGGAAAUUGAAGAUCAAGUUGAAAAGACAAAACUACAUUCUAUGAUGAAUAAUAAUAAUCUUAAUAAUAAAGGCAAUCGUAAAAAUAGUCUAACAGUUGUUGAUUUAAAAAAUGAAUCAACAGUAUACACAUCAAAUGGUUCUUUUGUAAGAUGGCCAUCACCACGUGAUCUUAUGGGACGUAUUUUAUUGCAAGGUAAACGAUUACCAAAGGGUACCACAAUGAAUACAUCAGGUAAUGAGUCAGAAAAAUGGAUGAAUGGUGGUUUGCCUAAUUUAAGACGUGUAUUUAAUUCAUUAUAUACUUCUCAUCAAGAAACACCUGUUAUUAGAGAAUUAUCUGAUAUGUUUUUCUUCGAUACAACUAAUUAUGAACAGAUUACAAAUAAUGAUUCAAUAAGAUCUAAUAUAUCACUUAAUAUGAAUCGUACAAUGUCAUCAUUUUCAACACUAUCAACAUCUCAUGGAUUAAAAAGAGAUGUUAAACAUGAUCAUUCACCUAAUACUACACAUAAUAAUUCAUCCACAUCACCAGUUGUUAUUGUUGGUAGUACACAUACAGAAACUAAUCAUCAUCAUCAUCAUCAUCAUCAACCUAAAAUGAUCCUAAAAAAUUUUCAAUAUCAAUCUAAAGCUAAAUUAGAUUUAUAUGAUCAUUCUAAUUUAAAAGAUAAACGAAAUAUAAAUAUGAAAAGUAUUACAAGUCAUUAUAAUAAAAUUACGAUGAACAAUACUACUACUAUUAAUGAUAAUAAUACUACUAAUAAACAAUAUCAUCAAGAUAAUAUACAUUUACAUCCAUAUUAUAUAAUAAUUAUGUCUGAAUCAGAAGCAUCUCGUGCAAUUGGUACUAAUGCUGGGGAUUUAGUACAAUUAACAAGAAAUUCAUUAAUACAAAUUUGUCCAAGUUUAUCUAGAGCUGAUAGUAGUAAUUUAAAUCCAUUAGAUAUAUGGGCAUGGGGUGGACAAAUUGUAACAUUAAAUUAUCAAACAGCUGGUUUAAUUAUGGAUUUAGCUACUGGAUUUUUUGCACGUAAUGGUGCUUGUGGUUAUGUAUUAAAACCAAAUUUAUAUCGUCAAUUUUCAUCAUUUUUUACACCAUAUAAAUCAAAUUUAUUAAAUAUUACUGAAAGACCACCAGAUACUACACCACAGGUACUUCGACUAAAAAUUGUCAGUGCACAACAACUACCGAAGCCGAGGGGAUCAGUUUCAAAAGGGGAUACAAUUGAACCAUAUGUUGUGGUAGAAAUUCAUGGUAUUCCAGUGGAUUGUGCUGAACAACGUACUGUCACCGCACCAGCUGGUAGUGCAUCCGGUUAUAAUGCAAUAUUUGAGGAUACUUUUGAAUUUUGUGUACAGUUGGGUAGUCUGGCAUUAGUACGCUUUGUCGUACUAGAUGAUCAUGCAAUUGGUGAUGAUUUUAUAGGACAAAAUACAGUACCAUUUGAUUGUUUACUUACAGGUUUUCGACAUGUCCGUUUACGAAGUGAUACUGGUGAGCCAAUUCCACUUGCUACUUUAUUUGUACACAUUACCAUUACAACUGGAACAGAUAAUUCACAUGGGGAAACAAAUACUGGUCUACUUCAUAGAUGGCGUUCACGUAAUCGUCGACAAUUACAGUUGAAAAAAGUUGGUGUUUCCACAUUUGAUGAAAUAUUCAAGGCUACGGCAACAACAUUGCGUCAAGUGUGUGAACUCCGAACAUCUGUACUCACUAGUUUCGAUAAUUUUAGACGACUAUGUGGUGAAACAUCAACACCGUUAUCCAUGAAUCAAUGUAUUCGAGCGUUGUCUACACGUAUUGCAACAGCGUUCGGAUCACCAGAUUUGUGGCCUGUACGUAUGCGUAUUAGACCAGAAGAUGAAAUGCCUCAUUUAGAGCUACAAAAUUCAUUCUCUGGAUCCGGGCUAAGUGGUUAUCCAAGUUUAAGUACACUCGGUGAUCCAGUAUCUCAUCAUGGUACACUUGGAUCAUCAUUAACCCGCAAUUCCUCAUUACGUUUUUCUCCUGCGCCUGGAUUGCAUCGUUCACCUUCAUUAAUUCUUUCCCCUCGACUAUUUUUAAAUAGACGCUUAAAAAGUAGCACAAAAUCAAUUGAUGAAGAUUCUGCAUCAGCUUUAUCAAUUGAUGUUAUGGGUUGUCAUGGUAACGGUAAUAGUAGUACUCAUAGUGUACAGGAACAUUCACCAACUAUUUCGACAAAUAAUAUAGCAAGGCGACCAAGUAUUCAUUCAAGUAGCAGUAGUAUUUCUUCUUUUUCCGUUGGACGUUUGGAUAAAUUGAAAAAAGCUGUCAAUGAGUUCGAAAAUCUUAUUGAAUCAUGUAAAACACUGAUUAAACAAGGACCAUAUCUUCGAGUAAAAUUACAACAAACUCAAAGAACUGCCUUAGACGCAUAUACUACUUUUUUAGAAGGUUUAAAAGCGCCAUCAUCUCAUGCGACCACCAUUUCAAAAUUAACAUCAUCAGCGGCAGCAGCCACUACAUCAUUAAGGAGUUCAAUAUCUCAUAGUCAUGAAACACGUUUUGGUAGUUUGACAUCAGAAAUUAGCCAACGUGUAACUCCACAAAUUAUAGAAGAUAAUACAGAUAAUCGAAAUAAUAAAACAACUACUAGUGGUACCUCAAUCUAUUGGCGACGUAUGUCACGUGUAGCUGAUAAUGUAACUUGGAAUUUACGUUUAUUAACAGGACAAACUGAACUAAUGACAUUAUUAUUAAAUGAAUCAAAUGAAUGGAUAAAACAAGCAAAAGAAUCUAGUCAAUCUACUGGUCUAUUAAUCAAAUCCAAUAUAACUAAUCUAACUGAUUCACAUUCUUCACCAACUUAUUCCGAUAAAGAUCAAUUAACCAAUGAAUUAAGUAUAGAAAUUCCUUUAAUGAAUAAGCCAAUAAUUCAAGAUCAUCUAAUACAAAAUUAUCAAACUUCAUUAGAUCAAUCAUUAAGAAUAAUGAAUGAUGAUGAAAUGCCAAAUCUUAUGAAUAAUAAUACAACAACAUUAAAUAGUUCAUUAUCACCUUUAUUAGAAAGUUCCCGUACAAAUCAAUCUGAUUCUACUUCGAAUGAAACAACUUUAAUCAAAUCAAAUCGUGUGAAAAAUCUUUAUUCAUAUAAAUUCUCCACAGAUAUUAAACAAAAAUCUAGAUUAUCAUCUAAUGAAAGCACAACAACAACAACAACAACAACAAUUAUGUCACCUAGUAUCAUUACAACAAUAACUACUACUGCUGCUUCUACUACUACUACUACUAACACUCAUACUACUCAUUUUACGAAUAUUAUUAAUAG